UAUCUCCCAAUCCAACACAACUCUAGAAACAAAGUAAAGUCUCUCUCUCCCUAGAUUUUACUGAGCUAGAGACCACUACUUGCUCUCUUUAAAUUAAACUCAUUGCGUAAACAAGAAGUCUGGAAUUUUUGCUUCUGCUUUUAUUGGGAGAUUACAUCAUCUGUAUAUACUGGAGUUUCUAUCUGUUUUCAUUGGAAGUUGCAGGUUUAGAUUGUGAAAUAUUUGAGAAUGGGAAAGCUGGAUUUUAAUGAUCACAAGCUUCAAAAAAAUGGGAAUAGAGUUGAGGCUGUUCUUCAUCUCCUCAAAAAACAAGCUCCUCUCUCCCUCAAACAGGACAAAUAUUGCAGCACCAGUUGCAUAGAGAGAUUUCUGAAAUCAAAAGGAGAGAACGUCAAGAAAGCUGCAAAGCAUCUAAGGGCUUGCCUUUCUUGGAGGGAGAGUAUUGGCAUUGAGAAUUUGAUAGCUGAUGAGUUCUCUGCUGAGAUUGCUGACGGUGUGGCUUAUGUCUCAGGCUACGAUGAUGAAUCUAGACCCGUCUUGAUUUUCCGAAUCAAGCAAGACUAUCACAAGUUUCAUUCACAGAAGAUGUUGGCUCGACUGGUGGUGUUUACACUGGAGGUUGCAAUACAAAGCAUGGCAAAAAAUGUGGAGCAAUUUGUGGUUUUGAUUGAUGCAAGUUUUUUCAGAUCAGGGGCAGCUUUCAUGAAUAUGCUGCUUGCUACUCUCAAGAUAAUAGCUGAUUAUUACCCUUCUCGUCUUCAUAAGGCCUUUGUCAUUGAUCCUCCUUCCAUCUUCUCUUACCUUUGGAAGGGUGUCAAGCCAUUUGUUGAGUUGUCACCACUUACUGCAAUUGUUUGCUCACUCGACUUCGAAGAUUCGAUGGAGUUCAAUGAUCUCACAUCAUAUCCACGGGCCUCGUCGCUCCGAUUUAAUCCUUGUUCAGUGCCUUCAGCGACCAAGAUCGGUUCCUGCUCCUCGUCUCGAUUCUCCUUCACAGUUGCUCAUCACUUCGACUCUGUUAAGCCUUGGUACCUCAAUUUCGGUGACACAUCCGCAUCCAAAGUCGGUCCCAACAACCCAUCACUGGUCGGUCCAUCGCUGACGUCAUCGGCCAAUGCCAGGUCAUUCUCAUUUGCCUCCCCAACUGCCAGGGCUCCACGUGGCAACAUCAACAACGUUGUGAGGAAGAGCUUUUUCCCAACCACACCAUUGCCUCAGAAGACUCAUGCAUUUGAUCACACAAGUGUCAAACAGCCAAGGACACCUAAGGCAUCCUUUCUCCAGUCACCAGCCAUGUCAUUCUUCACUGGUAAAAAAGACUGCCACAUCAGCAAGUCCGACAAGUGUCGCGAAUCGUUUUCGAUGUUCUUGAAAUUCUACAGGCGCCCAUACGAUGAGAUGACUUAUCGGUCUAAAAUGAGGCCUCCCCUAGGAGGCCUCGUCUCCAUCAUCUCUCCUCAGCUUAGACGUCGCCACAUGUCUAUAUCACAGCGGUUCUAAACUAAGCAAAAUGUCGACUUGUGAAGUAUGAUUAAAACAUUAUUUUUUGGUUCAAAUUUCAGAAAGCGGUUCUGAAUUAAGUAAAAUGUCGACUUGUGAAGUAUAACUAAAUUAUUAUUUUUUGGUUCGAAUUUCAGAACAAAUUUUCGUGU